AUGAUGGUCGUCAUCAUCUUAUUCGUAUAUCCCACGGUGACCAGGAGCAUGCUGGCCCUUCUGCGCUGCCGGCCCUACCCCUAUGUGGACCCUGUCAUCCCUGUCCCGCCAGGCGAGAGUAUCACUCUGCUACCUACCGACCCGACGGAUGACAUGCGGCCGAGAAUGGACGUCGACUCGGAAGUCAUAUGCUGGUCUGCCGAGCAUGCGCCCUUCAUGUGGAUAGCCGUGGCUGGUCUGCUCGUGUGGACGUUUGGCGCGGUCAUGUGUGGCGUGGUCUAUUUGUGGUGGCACAGAGAUGGCCUGCAGGAGCACCAAACGCGCAGGCGGGUGGGCUUCCUCUAUGUGGGCUAUCGGAAGCCGUUCUUCUACUGGGAUGCCGUGCUGGCCAUGAGGCGUGUAUUAGUGCUGCUGAUUGCACAGCAGGCGACAGCGCAGCCCCGCCUACAGCUGCUUAGCUGGAUGGCGGUCGCCUCUGUGUGCCUGGUGCUGCAACUCAUUGUGUGGCCGUUCGACCGCGCCAAUAUGGACAUUCUGAAUCGCACUGAGCUUCGGGGGUUGCUGGUGUGGCUGAUGUCGUUAUUUGUUAUCCAUUUUCUAGUCAUGCUGGCGGACGGGGGCUCUUUCAUCCUGACGAUCGCGUUGGUUCUGGUGGUGAUUACUGCCAAUCUGGCGCAUUACGUCACAGUUGUGGCAGAGGUAUAUCGCUUCUGGCUGCUGCAGAUGAGUUACAGAUACACGGCCGUCUUCGACCGCAGCAAGGCUAUCGGUGAGCGACGAGCAGUGAGAUAUGGACCAACUUUCAAUUGUGUUUCGGCUCUUGUCGUGUCGUCUCAGCUCGUGUCAUGUAUGGGGGUAUGAUGGGCCCGCUGAUGUUGUGGCUCAUUCGUCGUGAGGAAGACAGACGGCGGGUCUCGCCUAAGGUGUUCUACGACUGGUCCAACGCGGCUCUGUUUGUCGAUGGCCCCCCUGUUCCGACAUUGGGUCGGCCUUUACGGCCAGCGCGUCGAGCUAUAACGGCGAUGCAGCUGACCUCCGCUGCGGUGCAGGAUGUGAUGGAGACCCUCAAACUCACACACGUGCCCAGCGACUUGUAAGCAAACACACAUUCCAUGCCUACGCCUUUUUGUGCCUGUGUUUGUGUGUGGUCAGCCACGAGUUUCUCUGGAGCCAUGCCUUUCUGGUGCAGAGCCUCCGUCAGAAACUAGUAGAGAUGCGUAGCCGAAGACGGGACGAGGCGGUCGUACAUCUGCCGAGACCUGAUGAUGAGAGCACCAUGGUAAGACAAUGAAGAAAGCGCCCACAUGUGCGUGCCAGUGUUCACGGGAUGCGGGUUGGCCAGGGGUUGCGGCAUAUGCAGACGGUCGACCUCUCAUAUGCAUUCCUCAACCAGUGCUCCAACAAAGGUCAGCUUGCUCUAUCACCGCGGUCCAACACACCGGGUCACCUUGUCAUGCGAUGGAUGCAGUAUCAGCUCGCCCCUUAGACAGCAAGACAUCUGGUGAUGGCUCGUGCGGCCAGUUGGGGGACAGUCGGGUCGAGGGAGGGUUGGCAGACAUGUAACCAAGACAAAAGCAGCUCUGAGACCACUGCUAAUGUCAUUGUGACGCUUAUCCCGUCUAUGUGUCAGGGGCGAGGCCGCUGUUGUGUCGCCAGGCAUCACGCAGGAGGCCGCUGUUGUGUCGCCAGGCAUCACGUUGUACGAUCUGCAAGCCAACUUGUGCUUUGUGGUGGACGAACUGAUUGCGAGAGAGCACCACCACCAGGCGGCCUUGCGGAGGGCUGACGGCAGUGAUCUGGAGAGGGCCGAUGGUGAGCUGCACCAUCGUCACAGUGGCGGCUGGCGAGGGCUCUACGAGGCAUUCAGGAAUGCCAAAAGGACCCUCAUCGCGGCGGGCAGUCGACCGGUCAGUGAACGUGAGAGCACGAAUGUGAACGAACGGGUGGCCAUUGCUUGAUCUGUUUACUACAGGAGGCCAUCCCCGAGGUCCUCGCCAGCCUUGCGCCUACCAUGAUAGAGACAUCAGGGGAGGGAAAAGACGUGCACAUCAGUGGCGCCUCAUCGCCCGUCAGCGCAAGAUCGCAGCAGAGCGACCAUCCUACUGCCCUCAGACCUCAUUGUCAUGUCGUGCCACUCGACUGGAAUCGGCUCAGCAGCGACGGGUCGGACAGUGCGGCUCUCACGACAGUGUCUAUUUCUGCCGAGGCCUCGGCAGUGAACGAUGCGGUGGCGUCCAUGGCAGCAGCCAAUAUCGAUGAUGAGGAUUGAGCGAGUGAGGUGUCAACUUGCGUUGCGGCACUAAAGGCAGACGUGCAUGUGACAAGUUUGUUGUGACCUCCUGUGAAGGCGAGUGUCGUUGUGUUGUGGCCGUCUUGUCGCAUAGUGUUUUCUAGUAUGUGUCGUCAUCUGGCUGUGAGCGAAGGCCAGUUGCAGACAUGUUUUCCUUUUGUGGAGUCUGUCACAAACCGUAGUGUCGGUGGAAGCUACAAUUGUUGCUCAGGCAGCUGUGUAUAUGCAUGCAUAUGUGUACACACGUGUCGAUUAUACUCACGUGUAAUCGACAUGUGUAUGAGGAAUGUGGCGAGUCUACUGCAAUAUGUCCUGUUGGGGCUUGGGGCUUUUGCGUGGUGUCUGGUUGUCUUGUCGUAUCGGAUUUUCUGCCGUCGUCUGGCUGCGAGUGAUAACAUCAGCCACUUGCAGAUAUGUCUUGGGUUUUUUGAGGCAACAAGUGUCGCUUGCACUCAGGAAGCUGUCUAUAUGUGUGUAUACUUUGGGUGUACGGAUCGCCCCGCCACGUUCAUAGUCUGCUCUUCACAUGGCGGGCUGGGCCAUCUGCAUGCCCAAACGCAACCGUCAUUUACUGUCAUGGUUCAUUGCUUUAUUGGUCAAGGAAAAACGUUGCCGAUGAAUGACAAAAUACCUGUGUACAUACGUGGAUGCUGCGGGCCUCCUGUGUGUGUCGGUUUUUCAGCACCAAUUGGUCGGAAGGCAUAGGCAUGGGUACUAGCUGUAUGCGCCUCCCGUUCACCGUGGGCGGCGCUAUGGUGUCGUCGAUAUGUUGUGUUGUGUGUCGAUCUGUUGUGAAGCUCAUGUAGGGCGUCCCUUCAUCAAGCAGAGCCCUUCACGAGCGAUGUGCCCUUUUGUGUGAAUGUGCGUGCGGAGGUUAGUGACUGUGCGUGUGCAUGUAUGUGUGAG